CUAAAGCAGCCGCUCGCAGUUAGGAUUCCAACACAGACGAGGCUGGUGCCGGAAUGUAAAAAUAUGGAAAGCGAGAAACAGUUUCCAGCACCAGAGCCUCCAAAUCAGCCACCGCCAUAUGGCUACCCGCAGAGCUAUCCACCGCAGUAUGCAGCUCAAAGCUAUCUCCCACAAGGUUAUCCCGGCCCACCAUCCGCUCAGACCUAUCCAGCUCAGAAUUACCAACCAUCACAGCCCUAUGGCCCUGGACAGCAACAGCGCCCUACAAUUGGUGUCCCGCCUGAAGGAUGUUUUAGGCGCAAUCAGAAAAACAAACCACAAUCCAAUGCAGUUGGCGCGGCUGCACUAAUCUUCAUAUCAGGUGGAAUGAACAUUGCAUUAAGUGCGGGCUUUCACAAUUCAUAUUUAACUAUCCAUAUGCGAGUAUGCUGGUUUAUUGGCGCCAUCAUUGGCGCUUUAUUCAGCUGUUUCCUGGCCAAUCAAAUUUCCAAGAAAAUUAUAUUCCAAUUUUCUUCCUUUCUGGUUCUGAUUGGUGGUAUUGUCCUUGCUUGUACCAAGCACAAUCAGAACGCCAUGACCGCUGGACUAUAUCUGGAUGGCAUAGCCAAUGGUUUUGUAUUUGCGCCAACACUCGCCUUGGCUGGAGAAGUGGUGGUAUUCUAUAUGCGAGGCUCCAUUACAACAAAUGUUGAACAGAUGUGCUACGGAAUCGGCUUCUUCCUGCAGAUAAUAUAUUCCAUGAGCUGGAAUUCAGGCGCAGCCAUCACUUCAGAGCAAUUGCAUGGCCUUUUGAGCACAGUGUACGGCAUAAUUGGAUUGAUUAUUGGAUCGUUUCUGACAAUUGAAUCGCCAGUACUUGUACUGGCCACGAAAAACGAGGAGGCAGCCCUCGAUACAUUGCGUCUUCUGCAGGAACCAUUUACUAUAACAUCGGAAACCUACGAACAGCUGGCGGAACACAAACGCUAUUUGGAGAAGAAUAAGGUUCUCUCCACCUGUGAGAGCCUAGUGCAGGCGAUACCGGCAUUUAUUCGACUUGUCUUUCUCCGUGCCCUAAACGCCAUGAGCAUGUCGCAGGUGGCGGGAUACGCCUUCACCCUUGCCACCUACACGGUUUACAGAAACCAAGCUGGACCUUAUGUUGUAUUCGGCUUGUGUCGUUGGCUGGGAAACUUCAUAACCGCUUUCUGCACAGACACAGUUGGCCGAAAGAAACUUGUGCUUUUGGGCUUGCUGGUCACAGCGAGUAUGGCCAUCGGUGCAGCUAGUAAAUUGGACAGUUCCUACAAGAGCUGGAAAUUCCCAAAAUACAAUCCACACGAUAUGGAGUCCGUGAUGGCACUCCUCUGCGUAUAUCAAGUAUUUGCCGGUGUUGCCUUCACGCCCACAUCUGCCUAUCUAUCGGAGGCAUAUCCGCUGGGCGUUAAGCAAAACAUGAUCAGUUUUACGUUUAUUGCGGAAAUGUUGGUCUUCUUGAUUAUCAAUGCGACCGAUUUAAGUUUUACUGGGACCGUCAACUUCUUCUACAUUUUGGGAGGUAUUUCGGCAUUUUCUUUCGUUGUGGGCAUUUGGACUUUUCCCGAAACUAAAAGAACCACUUUGCGCGAGUCGCAGGAUAAGUUUCGCGGAAUGCUGAGCAAGGGUUGCUAAUUCGCUAAAACACGAUUUUAUACUUACUUACAAGUAAUUAAAUUAAUGUAACCAUAACCAUAUCAAUUGCGAUACAUAACCAUGAAAUGGAUAAAUAAAAAUUACAGCAUUCAAAAUGUUA